UACCCGGCCUCGGGAGCGGGAGAAGCCUCGAGGCCGCAGCCCACCCACACCGGGUUCCAGAGAGGUGCAACCUCCGGCCCGCGAGCCCUCCAGGGGAGGGCUCCAAGAGGCCGCCUUGGGCCUGUCCCCCCCCCAACACACUCGGCAAAAGAAAAGAAAAAAAAAAAAAAAAGAAAGAAAGAAAACAACGUGGUCUCAGCUGUGGGGGAACCUCGACCCGUCUCCCUGACGGGUGGAGAAGCUCAGCGCCUCCCCCUUCUGCCCGUCUUUGUGCCGGGCGCCGGCGGCCAUUGUGUCCGGGCGCGCCAUGGAGGACCUGGCAAUCCCCCACCGCCAUGUCCAGGGCCUUUGGGGAAUUCAGAGACAACCAGCGGCGUUUUUGGGGGGUCUCCAGCCUUCAACCUCCCGGAAAGGCCCGGAGGUGGCCUUUCCGAAAUCUGAUCGCAGAUCCGAGGUCCAUGUCCCCUCCCCGCGUCCCUCCUGGAAACCUUGAGAUCCACGGAGAAGUCCCUUCAGGGUUUCGGAAGCCUCACCCAGGGCUGAACAUUAUCUUGGCUUUGGAUCUUGGAAGAGAAUCACUAAGCACAGACCAGACCCAGUGAGUGAGCAGGUGUUUUGGACAAUGGACUGGUUGAGCCCAUCUAUAUUAUAAAAAUGUCUCAGAGCAACCGGGAGCUGGUGGUUGACUUUCUCACCUACAAGCUUUCCCAGAAAGGAUACAGCUGGAGUCAGUUUAGUGAUGUCGAAGAGAACAGGACUGAGGCCCCAGAAGGGACUGAAUCAGAGAUGGAGACCCCCAGUGCUAUCAAUGGUAACCCAUCCUGGCACCUGGUGGACAGCCCGGCUGUGAAUGGAGCCACUGGCCACAGCAGCAGUUUGGAUGCCCGGGAGGUGAUCCCCAUGGCAGCAGUGAAGCAAGCGCUGAGGGAGGCAGGCGACGAGUUUGAACUGCGGUACCGGCGGGCAUUCAGUGAUCUAACAUCCCAGCUUCAUAUAACCCCGGGGACAGCAUAUCAGAGCUUUGAACAGGUAGUGAAUGAACUCUUCCGGGAUGGGGUAAACUGGGGUCGCAUUGUGGCCUUCUUCUCCUUCGGCGGGGCACUGUGUGUGGAAAGCGUAGACAAGGAGAUGCAGGUGUUGGUGAGUCGGAUUGCAAGUUGGAUGACCACGUACCUGAAUGACCACCUGGAGCCUUGGAUCCAGGAGAACGGCGGCUGGGACACUUUUGUGGAGCUCUAUGGGAACAAUGCAGCAGCCGAGAGCCGGAAGGGCCAGGAGCGCUUCAACCGCUGGUUCCUGACGGGCAUGACUGUGGCCGGUGUGGUUCUGCUGGGCUCGCUCUUCAGUCGGAAAUGACCAGACACUGACAACACGUUCACCCUCUCGCUUCCCACCCUGCCCCCACCACAACCCUCUGUUCAGCCACCAGUACCACCAGGAGAACCACUACAUGUAGCCCAUGACCCCUGUCACAGGGUCGGGCCCAGACCAGGUCCUCUGCAGUUAGCUUUCUAGAACCUACCACGCUUCUGUAAGAACAACCUUCCUCCACAUCUCAGUUUUCUUGGCCUCCAAAUCUACAAGGUUUUCCCCAGAUCUGCCCCUUGGAGGUAGGAGUGGGAGGGGGCAAGCUGAGGGGCAGGAGGGCCUUGCCUGAUAGGUGGACCCCGAAUUACCCCCUAGCCUCCAGAGAAGGUUUUCCUGGCAGGGAGCUGGAAAUCCUUCCAAACUCUUCCCCAGAAAGACUAGAUUGCCUUUGUUUUGAUGUUUGUGGCCUCAGAAUUGAUCAUUUCCCAUUCCCGUGUGGCCCUGGGCCCUCCUUCCUUCCAGCUCUACCCCCAAGAGCCAUUGAAAGGCCGCCUUUGACUAAGUAGAAAUUCAGGCUGCUUGGAAUAAAGCAGCAGGGACUGGGGCUCCACACCUCUGGCCAGGCCAGCCCACUCCUGGUCCUGAAUGUCCCCCAAACCUAGGCCUCUAGCUAGAGGCCAGCCCCACCCAGGAGGAGGGGCUAUAGCUGCAGGAAGUACCCCAUGCUAGUGCUUGGGUGGCUCUUGAAGUUAGCACCACCCUAGUCCCUUCCCCGCCCCUCCCCCUGCUCCCAUUACCGUGACUGAGGGACCAACUGGGCCCAGGACAGGUGUCCAGAGCUGUUUAUGGCCUCAGCUGCCUCACUUCUGCAAGAUCAGCCUGGGGCAGCAUCUUUGCCUUCGGCUGCUGGCCAUGGAGUCCAGCAAGGCCUCAGCCUGGAAGUGAAGGGGAGCUAUAGGGAGCGGCUGGGGGAGCCCUGGGGUCUUCCCUACCUCAGGCAGGAAGGGCAGGAAGGAGAGCCUAGUGCACAGGGUAGGGGCUGGGGAGCCUGUCCUGCCUGACCAGGCAGAUUUGUGUCCCGCCCCCACCCAGCCUGGGCAGCAGGGCUGCCAAGGCCAGAGUGGUCUGGCCAGGAACCCUUCAGGCCUCCCUCUCUACUCUGCUUCACUCUUGGCCCUUCUCAUCCCUGCGGGUCCCAGCCCAGUUCUGGCCACCCCGGGCUCUCUGCUGUAUAUAUUCGAAACUAGUUUUUAUUCCUUGUGAAGAUGAUAUACUAUUUUUGUUAAGCGUGUCUGUAUUUAUGUGUGAGGAGCUGCUGGCUUGCUGUGCGCGUGCACGUGGAGAGCUGGUGCCCGAAGACUGACAGCCUGAUGCUCCCUCCCUGCCCCCACCCCACCCCACACUUGUUCCAGCUCUUUGAACUAGUCUGUGUGAAGGUGAAAGUGCAGUUCAGUAAUAAACUGUGUUGACUCUGUGAACCACAA